AGUCGCUUUCUGAACGUACAUGAGAACGGACCUACGAGGAGGAGUUCCAAACUCUCGCACGCGAUUAUCACACCGUCAGACGGGCGGACGUGAAUUGUGAUGUGUGGUGAAUUGAUUUUCCAACAAUUUUAACAUGAAUAAAAUAUUAAUCUAGAGAGAGGCAAAAAUAUAUAAAGCAAUUCUCAAUCCCAUAUAAAAUUUCGCAAGCCAACGUCCUCUUCCUUACAGGAUGGAUAUAGGGAAAAAGUAAAAUAAAAUCGAAAUUCUAUUCAGGAAGAGUAUUAAAAAAAACAUCUUAAGUGUAUGCUGAAGAACAUCUAUAAAAAGUUCAUUCACAGAAAAGUGUAGAAAACACGCGAAAAGUGCUUGUAGUGAUAUCAAGUGUCUAGCUAUAAGUAAAAGUCCAAGAGACUCUACCCAUUUCUGUGGAAGUUAAUUACUUCCAGAGCAAAAUUAUCAAGUGGACUCAAGCACUGAUAGCAGAAAUUAUUGGUGUGAUGGAAAUUAAGAGUGCGAUAGUUUAAUUUUAAUUGAUGAGUGGUAGUAGUUAUGUGAGGCAAGUGUUACGUGAUCCUAAGCAAUUAACUAUUAAAAAGAUUUUGUGUGUUACUUUCGUUGAGAUUUGAAAGAGAAAGAUCUCAAAACAUCCCCUUCUUGGAAAAAAAAAGAAACCUCUCUAUACUGAAAGCAUUAAUAAAUUUCACCAAGUGGCAGAAGCUAACACACAAAAGUGAGAAAGUGAUUUGUAAAUUGAUUUUUUUCCGCAGAUUCACGCGAAAAAAAUUCACACGGUGUAUUUGAAGUGUUUGGUUGAAGAGUGAGAACACCAAUAUAAAUAUAACUUGCACAAUAAAGUUCCGGAACACGACACCACCAGAGAAAAUAAAGCAUAGAUUACCUGAGAGAGCAUAUAUAUAUUUUUUUCUCUAUAAUUUGAAAACAUUCCAAAUUGUGACUUGGAACGGAGGAUUAGUCCAGAUUGCCAGAGGAAUCAGCACAGAAAAUAAAACAUCCAAAAUGAAGCAUUUGAUUCCGGUGCUUUUUGUCUUAACCGCUUGUACAAUGACAUCAGCAAGAAGAUGCUACAUCUGUGGAAAUGGUUCUGAAGAGCCAUUUCGAACUGGAGGACGUGGUCGAGGAGUACGUGAAACAGAAGCACGGAUCAAAUCAUCAGUUUCAUGCACCGAAUUUGAAAGAAGUUCAUCGAUGGAUCAAUUUAUAAUGGAAUGUCCAAAUGAUUUUGUCGGAUGUAUCACCCAAAUUGAUGGUAACGAAAUAGUUCGUACAUGCGACAGUCUCCCACUGAAUGAUUGUCAGACAGCAAAUGGGGUAAAAUAUUGCUAUUGUAACACGGAUUUGUGCAAUGGAAAAUUGGUGACACCACCCACAAGGAAUGUAAAUGAGAAUCGUCAGAAAAAUCACCGUGCCCCCGCCGAUGAAGAUGAAGACAUCACGGAUGAUGAGGAUUUCAUGGAAGCAUCCGGAAUGGGAAAUGAUCCCAUGUCGAGGGAAAAUGACAGGAAUACCCUUGAUAGUAGCAACUACGACGAUUCUAUGUGGUCCACAGCAAAUAUUCAACUCACAACACGCCAUCCCAGCCCCAAGUCAUCCAAAAGUGCACAUACUUCUGUGAAUAUACCCAUAUUUGCACUCGUCCACCUCCUCCUGCUCUUCCUGAUAGUUCAAUAAAGAGGAAGUUUCAUUUUCACUCAACAAAUAGUCGCCUUGAAAAGAGGCUCUCUAUAUCUUUCUAUACAAUUGAAAUCAUUUUGCGCAUUUCUUCGUUUCUCAUAUGGCAAUAGAACUGCUGUAUUUGUGAAAGAGAUGAGCAAACUAAAAUUACUUUGUCAUAGUGUAAAAGAGACAUUUGCACACAUCCCAUCGAAAAUUUUUGGGAAAAUUGCCGAAGAAAGGCUUCUCUGAAUACAUUUUUGUGAUAGUACAAUUAGGAUUUUAUAAUAAUUGAAUUAUUGUAAUAAUUUUUUGUUGAAAUUAAAUUUCGUGUAAAAAUUUUAGGUAUAAUUUUAUCAUGUAUUAUUUCUGACGAAUUUCUGUAUUUUUUAGGCCCCCAAAGCUCUAAUUAAUCAUUCUCUUACUUCACUUCACAAGUAGCAUGAAGCAUGAUUUAAAAAAAAAGCAAAAGAAUUUAUUGCGGUGUUGUAUGCAAAUUUAAUGCAGAUUUGCUCAAUCAAAAUCGAAAGUAAUCUUACAUUUUAUCUAAGAAACUUUCAUUUUUAUCUAUGAAAUUUUAAGUCUAAAACACAUUGACCGUCAAGGCAAGAAAACGAUGAGCUAAGACACACUAUAAAAUAGCCAUAAAAAUAAUAAUUGUCUUUGUUUAUAGUAUACCUUGUGAAACUUAUUCCGUUUACCAUCACCACCUCUGUAAUUCUUCAUUUUUCUUUGUGAAAAAUCUUACAACCCGAAUUCAAAUUAAAAUGUAUUUUGUGGUUUGUGUCUCGGCUUACUAUAAAAUGUUUUAAAUAAAUUUCCAUUGAUCGUGUUCGCAAAAAAAUAUUUUCAUCUUUCCAGUAUUAGUAAAAGUUGAUACGCUUAAAAAUUAAAUUUUUGUAGAAAUCGUGUUAAAUUUUUAAAGCGAUUCGUUUUAAUCAUUGAAAAUGGUGAAUUCCCCAUAUUAAUAUACGGAAGGAUUAAUAUUUCGUCCGAUCCUUCCUCUGAAAACUCCUUCAGUUACCUUUUGAAUAAACUAUUUAUUCACCCAUUCAGACAAUGGUGUCAGUUUUAAGAUCAAGACCAAAACUCAAGUAAAUUUACAGAUUUUGUUAUUCUGAAAUCGCAAAAUCAAGAUCAAGUUUUUAAAUCUGUCAAAUGCCUUGAAGUCUUGAAAUCCAAAUCACAAACCAUGUGGAUUUGAAGAUUUCCAAUUCUAGAAGCAGUCGCCUCAAUUCUGAGACCCAGAUCAAAAUCAAGAUCAAGAAAAUUUCAAGAUUUUGCUAUUCUGAAAUCAAAAAAUCAAGAUAGAGGUGACAAAUCUAUCAAAAGACACCCAAGACACAAACCAUCUGAUUUUUAAAAUUUCCAAUUCUGAAACCAAUAUUGCAAGUUUUCAAGACGUCAUUUUUUUUUGUUUUCUUGAAAUAAUUCCAAGAAGCUCUCGGAAUAUUUUGAAUUAUCAAAAUAUAGAAAAAUAGGGGAAAGCGCUCUACCUUCGGACGAUUUAUGCUUCGCACAAAUCAGUUUUUCAGUGAAAUCCAUAAGCAAUAUAGAGAAAAAAUUGAAUUGUGCGAAGCUUGAGUCGUCCGAAGGUAGCGCGCUUUCCCCUACAUUGGACUCUUCAAUUUAAUCAAAAUUGUGCAUAUUCUUAGAUUUGUUUAUCGAGUUACAAAAUUCUGAGAGAGUACCCGGAAAAGAAUCAACGCCUGGUAUAACCGGGUCAAACAUUUUUAUUUUCACUUUCUCUAUUGAUGAUUAUUACCACUCAUACAUUUUUAAUAUGAUUAAUACAAUUUUUUCAAUUUUUUUGAAACAAAAUAACAACAAAUUCUGCCUUGAAAUAAGCCGAAAUCCACAAGAAUUCGGGUGGUGUGCCUUUUGGGCUAGCCAAGACACAAACCAUUUGUCGGGUGAACCGAGACACCAACCAUUUUCGAAGUCAAUUUCGACUCACUCAGAAGUGACGUUUGGUUGAGUGCGGAAAAAUUUUGAAAUCUUAAUUAUUAUAGCUAAGAUAUUUUAAAUUCUACAAAUGCAUCGCGUCAGAGUAUGAAAUUUUGAUCAUAUAAAUAUUUAACAUCUUUAAAAUUUGAUCUUUCCCUUGGUCUUAGAAUUGAGGUCAAUGUAAUAAAAUUACUGAAUAUAGAAUGUUCAUAUUUUGAAAUUCCUUACGGUUUUAUAAAUUAUGAUUGUGAAAAGAAAAUCUAUUAAGGGUGCGCGAGAAGGCGCUAUAAAACUCGGCAUUAAGGGACAUUAAACAAAUAAAUUGAUACGUUAAAUUCCUUUAAGGACCAUUUAUUUGCAUAGUGUAACUAUCCAAGAAAAGAAUUUGUCACUUAGAAUAAUUAUAAGGAUAAAGAAUAAAGAAAAAUAUUAUCAAAAUCGACGCAAUGUCAAACUUUCCGAGUGCGACUUCGAGCCAAAGCUUUGCAUGAAUUUCCGCAAAGAGAGAAAAAAGCAAUGAAAUAUAUAUUUCAAUUUCUAGCGGGCUAUUUUUUCCACGUCAUUAAAGAACUAAUGCAACUACAAAUCCUUCUCUGGCGGUCAAACGGAUAUCAAUUGUGCAGAAAUACAUUAUCCAAAAUCUUCUGGAUUAAGUAAACGAUAGUUGCGAAUAAACAAACAACUCCACAAAAUAAACCCUUUUAAAUAUUACAAACAUAAAUUUUUGAGUGAAUAAAAAUACAGAUUUGAUUCGUUUCUAAAGAAGAAGAGGAAAACGGAAUUGUUCGGAAUUUGCUUGCCAUAUUUCUUGUUGUCUCUUAAGAAUUAAGGAAAUAAAAAAAAUGGUACGAACAUAUUUUAACACUAUUUAUGACCACACUAUUCACUUGACGGCCAAUGUAUUAUGCCUUAAAAUUACAAUUUUCUAUUGAGAAUGGAGCAACUCGAUAUCGAAUUAAAUCUAUAUCAAUAUAGGAGUAAGUGGGGUAGCUUUAAAAUAGAACCUUUUUCCCCUAUUCAUGAAUUAAACUGAGCCUUACAAUGAUAUAAUUUAGCUCUACGAACCAUUUGUGAAACUAAAAUAUAUCAUGAUAACACUGAGAAAAAAAGAGGGUACGAUUAACAUAUUUCCCCAUAACAUUAACAAUUUUUAUGUGUAAAAAUAUAUCAACUUUUUUUAAUGUUAAUUUUACACCUUUUUAAGAGUAAAAUUAACAUGAAAAAGGGUAACUUUAACCCCCAAUACACCUAAAAAGGGUAAUAUUUACACCGAUUUUAGAUCAAUACUGCAGGGUAAAAUUAACAUUUCCGGAAUAUUAUUUUAAUUUUUUCGGAUUUCUCUCAGUGAAGGCUGAAUUCUAUUUAAAAAUAGGAGAAAAUGCUCAAUUUUAAAGCUGCUCCAAUUCAAGGUACCCCACUUGCCCCUAUAUCUUAUUUCCUAAAAGCUCUUCUUCAAGAAAUGCCCUCUUAGAAAUCCUGAGUGCAGCUGAUUGAAGAAUUUUCAAGUAACCCAAAUUGAAUAAAGCGAAUAUUGUUGUUUAUCUGUUGAAGAAGAUUUUAAGAGAAGAAGUAUCUAUAUUGAAGAGCUCAAUUUUUAUUAGUCAAUGUCAAAAUUCAUGACAAGUUAAUUUACCACAAUGAAGAUGCUAAAUGUUGUAGUUCAUAGCAAAGAAAAACAAUGCCAUCCACACACAAAAAAAGAGUUGCUAAACUAUAAAAAUAUUCCCAGUAAAUAAUGAGUUUCCAUAUUUGCCCAUCCCUAGACACUACUAAGAGUUGGUCCAUUGGCCACAACGGCCAAAACUCUAUUGUGAUAGUGCUUUGGCCACUCUUGAAAUUUGCAUUAGGCAAAAAAAAACCAUAACCAAAGUGUUGUGCAGAAAAAAAGAGAGCCAUUCGGGAAAAACUCUUCAUUGUAAUGCUAAUUAUUUGUUUGUUAAUUACUUCUUUCAUUUUCUGUUCGCCACAGUAUUUUUUUUUUGGAAAACUUUAGACAUAUACAUAUAAAAAAAAAUCUCACUGAUACAGUGAAAUAUAGUAAUAUUUUUGUUUCUCUCAUUCGCAUGUGUAAAAAUAUUUUAGUCAAAAAAUGUGUAUAAUUAAUUCUAUUUAUUAUUUUCUGUACUUUAUACUCUGUUGUAAAUACAAUAUUCAUUUAAAAUGAGAUUCUCUCUAUACAAUUAUUUCUUUUUUUGUAUAUAUUUGUGUUGAAAAUUAAUGUUCAUAGAUACUUUUUGUGUAUAAAUUGGGAUUAAUUUUUUUUUCAAUAUAUAGGAUAUGUUGAUACAAAAUUCAAUUAAUUUUCAUGAAACCCUUUGUGCACAUGAAAAAAGGGAUUAUCCACUUAUUGUCACAACGAAUUUUUAUAUUCCAUAUAAUUUCCUAAGUUUGUAUUCUCAAUUUUAGAGGAAAAAAAAUGUUUGUUAAAAAAAUCUGUAUAAGAAUGAUUUGAAAAAAAAAUUAAGUUAGGAGGAAAAAUACGAAAGAAUUUAGUGAUUUGAGAAAAUGAAAAACAAAAAAAAAAGUUAAAAAGAAUAAUAUAUUGAAGAAGUUUAUUGAGAGAUUUAUCGCAUAAAAAAAUAAGUUUAAAGAAAAAAAAAACUUAGUCACAAGACAUUACUUUAGAGGAGGUAUUAAAAAUCGCACAUUUAUGACUGAUCCCAUUUCCUCAUGUUCAAGAAAAUUACCAUAUAAUUAGUAUAUUAUAUUCAGAGAGACAAAUUUUCGGGUAAAUAGCCAUUACCAAAAAUAUGACAAUUAAACGUAACUAUGUAAAAGGAUUUUUGUCAAGUCAAAGUAUCGUCUUAAUGAUCCCACAGUGUGAAACAUUUCAGUGGAAAACAGGUAGUUUAUUAUAUACAUAGAUAAAAAAUAAAUAAAUAAAUAUUUGUUCUUAUGCAAGACACAUCAAUUUGCCAAGAAGAAAAAAUUGUUCUGAAAUUAACGCAAUAUCCGUAAAAAAAACUGCAUUUUACACAAUUACUCAUGUUUAGAGUAAUUAAAUUAUUUCAAUUGACGAAAAAGUGAAAAUAUAUAGUGUUAUAGAAAGAACCAGCAUUGUAAUCAUAAUAAGACUAUAUGAGAAUAACUGUAUCCCAUUUAUUAGAUAAGAUUGAUGAAGACGAUCAAUAAAAUGAAAACUAAUCACUCUGAAA